AUGUCCGCGCUAUUCGACGAUGUCGGCAAGUGGAGUUCGCCCGGUGGCGGUGCUAAAUCAUAUCGGAAUGAUUUAAUAUCUAUUAACUGGUAUACACACAAGAAAGCACUAAUUUUCCAUGAUCGACUAGGAAUCGUACUAAAGAACAAACUAAUUGAUCUGAGUGUAAAUAAAAUAUCAGAUCCUGACGAAUACAAUCAAUUAAACGAUCCAGAAGGUGACAAAGAUUGCAUGGCUUACAGUCGUUUCUCAUUAGAUAUGAUGGAAAUAAAGUCAGACCUCAAACAAAUGAACACGUUAAUGAAAAAUCUUUAUCACGAAUCUACUCCAGCCAAGCGCUGUUCCACCGAUCAUCUUUGUUGUGUAAAUACAUGUGAAGUGGGCAUUCAAACGGACAUCGAAUUCACUCAAUAUCCUAACCAGAGCGGAGAGCGUUGUGCAAGCAUGUGUAAUGAUUUGUCGACUGAAUUCGAGGGCUUAAAGCUCGAUUUGGUGAUUUCCGAGUCCAAGAUUGAUAACAAAAUUCGAAUCAAUGGUGAUGCAAUAAAUCAAGUUCAGGCAGAAUUCGCCAUUAGAGAGGUUAAGAUACCCCGGUUCCGAUUUACGGGUACGGGUAAUAUACACGUACCCGUACCCGUAAACCGGGGAACGACUUGUAACUUAAGAAAUCCAAGAUAUUCCGGCGUGCGUAAACCUAUCAGAGAAUGGCAACUUUCGCUGUUGAGGUUCGCCAUAGAUUGUUGAAAACUUUGACAAGCAUAAGUGCAUUAUUUAUUUGGGUAAGAUGUUGAAAAUUUUUACUAUAUAAACGGCCCACAAAUAGUAAACACAAAACACCCGUACCCGUUUCUCUUUUACGUGUAGACCAUGGUUUACCGCGGGGAAACGGGUAGAAAUUACGGGUAAAAAUGCUGACAUCAGCAAAAAUUGGUAAACAAAAUGGCGAUACUCGUACCCGUAGACCGGAACCGGGGUAUCUUAACCUCCCUAUUAUUAAAAAUCAGCUCGGUGAAGUUGUUCAACAGGUCGAUCGUUUAGUUAACACAAACGAGAACAACAACACCAAUAACAAUAAUAUUGCAGAAAGUAUUGUUAGAACGGCUAAUGAGAACAAUAGUCUUAUCAAUACUAUCGAAACACUAUGCAAAGGGCUGAAAACUAUGAUAGCCUUGUGUAAUGCAAAUUUUAUUAAUCAGAUCAACUGAAUUUUUUUAUUACUCAGAUCAACCAAGCGUCUCGCCAAUUUCAACACUUGACCAAACUGACAUCACCCCGUCAGCAACAGAACCUAAUCAACAACAGCUGCAUCAAAUCCUAAAUCCCUCUGCAGUUUGUAACUUUCAGGACGAAUCAUGUAUAGAAUCUUUCGUCACAGUUGAGGAAGCCAGCAUAACAUCAGAGGCUCUUAGCCUUGAUAACACCCUGUCGAAUUCCUAUCCCAAUGUCAUAUCCAUUUCGGAUGAUCAACAAGCCGGCUUAUCCUCACCAAAUGGAAAUUCCACCACAGUCGAAGAGAUCGUUACAGGCAUUAAGUAAUAUUUCAAAUCCGAGUUAGUGUUUUAGACGUGGUUUCUAAAUACAAGUGCCAUGAACAAUGGCGAGGCGCAGCCGAGCCAUUGUUCAUGGCACUGGGGAUUUGGAAGCCAAGUUUAAAACACUAACGAGGAUUUGAAAUUGCUUCUCACAGAUCAUUAGAUAUUCAUAGCAAUGAGGCAGUAACAAUAGCGAAUUAAGUUGUUCAAUGAGGCGAAUGCGUAACGAAGGAAGGAAUUAAAGACGUUGUUGUUGGAGUAUUUGUUCGCCUUCGAAGGAAGCAUGGCAUCUAGUUACAAAAAGAGGAGAUUUCGAGAUCCUCAAAGCGUGGAAAGAAGCAUUGACAACGUGCGAAAUGCUAUUCCACAAACAACGCGUUAUAAAAAUCGUUGGGGAGUUCGUAUAUUUGAAGAUUGGCAAAGUGGGCGAGAAAAUAAAGCAGUCAUGUGUGAGAGCAAUCCUUUCAGCUUAGAUUUGCAGAAUUUGCAAAAUUUGGAGACAGAAUUGUGUUCAAUGACGGCAAGAACGUUAAGCUUCUGGCUUAUCAAAUUUGUUCAAGAAGUUUGCGACAAGGAUGGCAAGCCAUGGCCAUAUCCCGGGCGUACAGUAUACCAAAUUAUAUGCUCGUUGAAACGACAUCUAGACAAAAAUGGCCGGGCUGAAGCUAACAUGUUAAAUGCUAACAAUCACUGGUCGGUUGAAUUCGUUCAUUUUUAAUUAAUGGUUUAGUUUAAUUUAUUGUAAUAUCAGCAUGUUUAUUACUCACUUUCCAGACGUUCAGAAGAGUGCUGGAUAGUGAAAUGAAAGCCACCCACCGGGAAGGCGAAUCGCGUACAAGACGAGAGAAAGAAGCUAUUACAGAUGAUGAAGAAGGUUUGCUGUGGUCAAAAGGCUUACUGGGAGACAAAACUGCUCAAAGUUUGGUUUACACAAUUUAUUUCUAUAUCCACCCUCGAAGCCUAUGGAAGACGAAAAGUUUCAAAUUUCCGACGAGGAACUUGAUAAGUUUUUGAGUGAAGUGGACUGGUCUAAAAUUGAUGAAGAGGUGCAGCGACGUACUAUCGCAGAAAAGUUUGUUUUGUCGAACAGUACAUUCACUAACUGUUCCUUUAACAUUCCGUUUGCCGGAAAUAAGUAAUACUAAGUCAAUUGUAUGUGUGUUAUUGUUAGUGUGAUUAAAAAAGCAACAUAUUUUGUUGUUUGAAGUGUGUUUUAAUGUUUUUGUGUAUUUAGAAGUUAUUUCUAAAUACAGCUUACUGUAUUUAGAAAUAAUUCUAAACAUAGCAAUUAAAUAUAUUUGCAUAAUCUUUUGUUUACCCCUCAAUUUCCCUAUUGUUCAAAGCCCUUCCCACUGGAAGUAAUUAAAGUCCUGGUCUAGACGGGGUAUCCAGAUAGAUACACGUGAUGUAAAUUACACCAUGUCAUUGGCCGAAAUGCUAUGAAUAUCUAAUGAUGUGUGAGAACCAAAAUUAUAAUCCGUCGACUAUGCUCCCAUCGUUCGACGAUCAAUUGAAGGAAUAUCGUACUAAGCACUCUCACACCGACAGAAUGAUAGUUGUCCAUAAUAAUUCUGGAAUAACACACCAAAAACCUACAAGGAAAUCAACCCGAAACCGGAAAAACACCAGAUCUAGUCAUAUCAAAUCGAAGCGAUGCAAUUAUAUACCACAACCCAUAUCACAUAUAGAUACCUCUGCAUAUAACCCGAAAAAUUUUCGGAAGAAUUGCUCUUCAAAUCGGCCGCCGGACUGGCGAAACUACCUGAUCCUUGUAAACAAAUUAACGCAGAAAACAGAAUUAAGUCAAUCGACAAGAAUUUAAGUUCGAACAUCGUUACUAUUAAUGCCAAGGCCACCUUUAAUAUACCUAAUAAAAUAGUUCCCAAUCGUCGUAUACACAAACCCCAUACCAGAAUCCCAAAGGGUAAUCGUACGCGAAAUGUUCAUAACGUAAUCUCAUCACGUAAUCAUAGUAAGAUUACCUCCCACCGUCCAUUUCAUAAACGAAAUCGUACUCGGAAUAACAAUAAUCUCAUUAAAAUCUAUCCCAAUAAGAAUCUGUAUAACACAGGUGUUAACGCCUUGUCACAAAAUAAUCCAUCUCAUGUCCCCAAGGUGAUGGUGACUAAUGUGAGGUCCUUAGUUCCAAAACUAGACGAAGUACAAGAAUUCCUAAUUCGGAAUGACAUUAAUUUUGCGUUUAUUACCGAGACAUGGUUAAAAGAGUCAAUUGCAGAAAGCAUAAUUAACAUUCCUGGUUACACUGUAUUUCGCAGAGAUAGGAAAAAUGAUGAUCAUGGUGGUGUAUGUGCUUAUAUUCGAACUGAAAAAUGUAAUUACAGACGAAUGGACGAAUUAAAUUGCUGUGAGAAUCACGAGAUCUUGUGGCUUUACUUACGACCUGACCGCUUACCUCCGGGUUUCUCAUGUAUAAUUGCAGGAUUGGUGUACAAAGCGGUAAUGCAAGUUCGAUCUGUGACCAUCUGUUCAACUCACUCACAAUGGCCGAAUCCAAAUACCCCAACUGUGGUAUAUUAGUUACUGGUGAUUUUAACCGCCUAAAUAUUAAUCGUUUAUUAAAUCACUUUCGCCUUAAGCAAAUAGUAAAAGUACACACGAGGUAAGAUGCUAUUUUAGACCUCAUGUUAACGAAUAUGCAUAUGUACUUUUGUGCACCGAAAGCAUAUGCACCUUUCGGUCUGUCUGACCAUAACACUAUUGUCGCAGAGCCUAAUGUCAUAGCGCCAAAAGGCAACAAUAAGAAAGUAAUAAUAAGACGGGACUAUCGGGCAAGGCGUAAAGCUGAAAUGGGAAGAUAUUUGAGCCUCUUUGAUUGGUCACAGUUGUUUGCUCCCUUGGAUAGUAGUGAGGAAAAGUGGUUGGUUUUCCAUGAAGUAAUACACAAUGGGCUUAACUUAUUAAUGCCGGAAAAACGUAUGGAGGUCAGCACUGUUGAUGCACCAUGGAUGAAUAAGAAAUUAAAGACCCUGAUUGUCAAAAGACAAUAGGCGUUUAAUAAGAAUGGAAACGGUUCCCUUGAUUUUAAAUACUACAGGAAUUUAGUCAACCGUGAAAGAAAGGCAUGCAGAGGGAAGUAUUAUGAAUCAAACAUACAAAAUCUUAAGGGUGAGAACCCUAAGAGAUGGUGGAGUGAAGCGAAACGUUUAAGUGGUAUGAAAGAAAAGAACAUCGAUCUGUCCAGUCAAAUAAAAAUCGACGAGUUCUCUAACUUUCCACAACGUGAACAGGCAAAUAUCAUUAAUACAGCUUUCUUGGAGCCCAUUGAGGAGUACAGAUUGGUCGUUCCACCACCAUGCCGCGACUUGGAAGAAUCAACGGAG